CAGCAAGUCAACUUGAGGGUCCCUUGCUGACAGGCUGGGACUCAGCAGCCCAGAGGUUCAGGGAAGACGCUGACUUGAAUAUGCAGAGCACCGCAGAGCUGCCCAUUAUGGCUGAAGUACACAUGCCCCAUUCUUUCUUGAAGAAACUGUUGUCUUUAUUCAAUGGCUUCGUGGCUGUGUCUGGCAUGGUCCUCACUGGACUGGCUCUCGGGGUCAUGUAUGGAGAGGCCACAAUGACCAGGGUCCUUGGGAUGUCCUCUGCCUACCUCUUUCACUUUGGUUAUCUGAGCCUGGGAAUGGGCUGCAUCACCAGAGUGCUCAGCCUUCCGGGGCGGUAUGGAAUGACCACGGAAAAGGGGCACGCUCCUGACUGUAAGCAGUCCCCACGUGGAGACCACACGACCCUGCCAUGUCAACACUGUGGGGUGAAUACAGAUUUUUUCGGCUCUUCCUUUCAAGUGACAACCGGCCGCACCUACCCCAGGGGCUGUUGUAAAUCCAUAGGUGCUGUGAACCGUGACAGGCACAAUGUGUCCUCGGAUGUCAUCUACCAGGAGAAAACAGGCUUUCGGGUGGAUGCCAGGGAAGCAAGGGUAAAAACUGAAGACCUGCCCGUAUCUCUGGCUAGCAGUCAGUUCACGAGCAGGUUCAAGGCCAAGCUGGUGGACCUGAGCUAG